AUGUCUCCUAGCAAGUUGGGUGUUUUCGCCCAUUUGGCGCUGGCCGCCAGCGCCGUGCUCAUCCCUUCGACCAUGACGAACGUGGAAGACCUCGGAGACGACCACGCUUUUGAGUCUCUCGCCAUCAACCCCAGCCAGCGAUCCGUCGCGCUGGAGUGCCCUGGAUGCGCCGUUGCGACCUUGGAUGGAAAAGAGCUCAAGUGGAAGUCUGAUGUUGGGAGUGCCUUCCGCCUGGACUUUGACGUCGGACCCCAUGGCGACGCUUUAAACCUCAACAACGCCCAACUAUACCCGCCAUCGUUCGGCUUCCCUCCCCAGCCUUACACCCUCACACAGGUGGACCCAUCUACAAAAGAGGGUCUACGUCUGCAAAUCACGGGCUAUGAGUUCCGCUACGACGGCGCAGAGACUAUCUCAGAGGAGGGCACUGAGCUUCUUCCGAUGACCUUCCAAAUCACCUCGGUCGAAGGCACCACUGUCAAUCCUCCUGCGCUCCAGAUCAACGUGCUGAAGAACUCGGAGGGUCGCCUCAUGAUCGCAUCCUUCAACGAAGCUGAGCGUAGCCCGGCCACACCAUCAGACAAGGAGUGCAAUGAGUGGCCGCUCUACUGCAAGUGGAAGAACAUCAUGGCCGACCGCAUCGAGCAGAUCAAGGACAUGCGCAAGCCCAGGCCCGGCUGCCACAAGCGACCCCAUGCCGGUGCCCGUCCCAACAACCCCAUGGAGCAUGAGGGCAUGGCUGGAAAGCCCCCGCACCGCUUCCGCCCUGGCAAGCCUCACCCGCACCAUCACCCUCACCACAUGGGUCAACACCGUCACCACGGCUUCGCCAAGAUGGCUCGUCGCGCCUUCUUCACCAUCUUCGUCCCUAUCCUCAUCGGUAUCUUCGCUGGUACCCUUACAUACCUCGUCGGCAUGGCUCUCGGAUGUCUCAUCGCUAUUACCGUUGCCAAGGUCCGUGGCCAGCGCUACCAGCCGAUUGUUCUGGAUGAGGAGGAUGUGGAAGAGGCAGAGGAGCGUGGAGAGAAGGAGGAGUACGCCGAGCUUCCAGCAUACGAUGCUCCCCCUGUCUACGAGGAGGCUGCCGAUGAGGAGGCUGCUGUCAAGAAGACGGAUGAGACAAAGUAA